UCCCUAAAGUGCUCAAUCCCCCUUCGACAGGAAGUGAAGCCAACUUCUGGGAAACGGGAAGCUGAGAGUUCAGCAAGAGUUGGAGCAAACUCUUGAUCGCACGGCAAGAAGGAAGGGGGGAUCCGGAGACCACCGAUAAGCAGUUAUGGAUACCAUCCAGGCCAUUCUGAAAGUUUCAGUCACCAUUUUUAACCAAUGUGAGAAAAUGACGGAGUGCAAUAAGCACAGAGAGCGCCUUGUUGAGCGCAUUAAGACCCUCCGGCGGCAGAUCAAGCGCUUGCACCAGGUCUGCACCAGCUUCUCCGAUGACCUGGUAUCGAUGCUGAAACAGACGCUGGACGUCCUGGAAAAGGCCCAGACAAAGCUUUGCGAGUAUGGUGACAUGUCCCAGUUGCAGCGGUUCAGGAAGGCUGGCAGAAUGCUGAAGGACUUUGAAAGAAUGAACAUGGACAUCAGCGAUGUCGGUCUUGCCCUGAUGAUGGAACUAGAGAUCGAGAAGCUAUUAGAUGACCGUCAAGACCUCUUGAAAUUUGAGAAGCGUCUUGUGGGUCAGGAAGGCAGCCAGGAUCUUGCCGAGGACUGUGUAUCUUUGAAGGAGAUGAACAAAGGCCAGGAUGCUGCUGCUUCCAUGGAAAUCACUGAAAUACCCAAAAGCCAGAUCACCAAUGUGACCACCCUGGCGGAGUCUGAGAGCUACACCCUGUGCAGUGGAGAGUACAAUUAUUGCUCUGUGGCCAUCAAAGUCUUCAAGAACCCUUUGAAUGAGAACAAACCCCAGGAUGUGAGGAGCAUCUUUUGGACCGAAAUCAAGACCAUGAAGAAGUUUGAGUCUCCCCACAUUGUCCGUCUGUAUGGGAUGUGCAUAGAUGAGAGUGGCUUCCCUCCUGAAUACUCCAUCAUCACAGAAUAUUGUGAAAAGGGUACCCUGAGGCAAGUGCUGAAAAAGGAGCCUCACUUAGAAUGGAAGAUCCGCUUGGAAAUGGCAAAGGAUGCUGCCAUCGGCCUGUACAGGUUGCAUCAGACGGGGGACAAGCCUCAGGUGCAUUACUGCAUCAACAGCACCAGGUUCCUGGUUGACAAAAGCUACUGUGUAAAGCUCUCUGGGUUUGAACUGAGUCAGACGGUCUCUUCCAUCAGACGGAAGCCCAAGGAGAAACCCAAAAAAGAGGUCAGUGCUUCAGCCUACAUCUGCCCCGAGGGCCUGCGGUCAGUGGAGCAUCAAUACAACCUGGCCAGCGAAAUAUACAGCUUUGGGAUUGUCUUGUGGGAGAUCGCAACUUGCAAGAUCCCAUUUGAAGGUUGCACUGCAAAGGAGAUCCGUGAUAAGGUUUGCAAUCAGGAGCAAGAACCUCUGGGACACGACUGCCCCCCACAUCUGCGGGACGUCAUCAACAAAUGCCGGGAUUUCGACCCUUCCCAGCGGCCAACUGCUGAAGCGAUUGUGAACCAACUCAUCGCUUAUGACCUUUUGAAUGAGUGAGAGCCUGACCACAUGAUGGGGGACCUGGAAUACAAGAACUUGUUCUCAGCACCAUCUUGCAGGGCCACCCUGAGCAUCAGCACAAAGCCAAGCACCUUUUUUUCCAACCUGGAGUGCCUGUGCACAUGGCCAAUGGGCAUGUGCCUACAGCCCUUGGUCAAACUGACGCACUGUUAUAACUUGUUAACUUGGGCCUGGUUCACACGUAGUGCUGUUUAACUGUGGUUUGUUUACUGCUAACAAACCACAGUCUCGAUCCAUGGUCUGCUAUUAUCUUAUAAAUCUUGGUUUGUCUUCACUAUGGCUUAGUCUUACAGGUGAACCCAGAAUCCUUCCUUACCCAUGAUUUUUUUAACCAUCCCAUCCCAGAUGCUCAUCAGAUUCAGCAGCAGUAAGUUUUAUUAUAUGGUCACAGACCUGGAAAACUAAUCCUUACAAAGGCAUGAGGCAAGAGCUGCUGGAAAACAAAACAAACUAUGGGAAAAGGACAGCUGGUGGUUCACUCAGGGCUUCUUGUGUAUAUGACUUUGCAUUGUACUAUUUGCACAUUAUACAAAUUGUGGCUUAGUGUUAUAUGUGAGCAUAGCCUUAGUAAGCUUCAAUGCACUGUUGCUUCUUACAAGCCAGCUCAAAGAUUUCUUUUGGCGGAAAUGGUUGCCACACCUCAAAGGAAAUCAAUGCAUGUUUUUAGAUCUAUUAAUUAGCACUGAAGGAGGUGAGGACAGGUGACCCCACCUAGGCCCAAAGUCACCCCCCAACCAAGCCUCAAAACUGUCCAAAAUUCCCUUUCUCUCUUCUAAAAAUCCACAGCUAAAGUUUUCCUCUGCUUUUCUCACAAGAUGCUGUUGCAUAGGCAAACCGUUACUUUUAUCAAUACGAGAGAGCUUCAGAAAGGCUAAUGAAUAGACUCUGUCAAUGCCAAGAAUACUCAGGCCUGGGAACCGACUCUUAUCUCAUUCGGUUGUAACACAUCUUGGACACACUGAACCGCAAGGCUCCUCGACCCCCCUUGGCUUCUCAUCCCCUUUCCUGGGAAGGGUGCCAAGAGUCCAAAAGAGUCCCAAGACAGGAGCUUUUUGUUCAUGCUCAGGAAACUC